AUGAAGAAAUCUCCACAUUCUCCUUCUUCCUUACCAAACACCAACCACACUCUCUUUGCUCCUCGUGCUACUGUCUCUGAUUUACUCAUGUUGUCUCCUAACUUUGCUCUGCAUCAUCAUCAUAAGAUGGUCAUAGCGAAGAGGCCAUGGCAUUUUGUCACAGAAACAAUCUCAAGGGACAUGAAACAAAACCGGUCAUUGGAUAUGAGAUUGAUAAGGCCGGCUCAAGAUUCCGGUACAACAAUUUGUAACUCCAACUCCAUUCAUUCACCUACCUCAAUUCCAAGUUUUCCACGCCAUUACCCGAGGUUUAUCUCGCAGUAUGAGCAACAACAGCAAAAACAAAAAGACUUUGAUGAGAAUGUGCAAAGCACAAGUAUGAAGCCCUUCUAUGACUUCAUACCCUCUUAUGAACAGAGCAAUGCUGACCAAGAACAAGGAGCCUCUGAUCGAUAUGAAUCAGCCAGUGAUCAUGGAAUUGAUCUCAGCCUUAAGUUAUAG